UGACCAAAAUACGUAUGAGGCCGACGUCGUCCAGUAUUUCUGUCUUGAACCAGGAAGUAACGUGUUAAAACAGCCCUCUUUAGACAUUUGAAGAACACGACAAUGGGCUGACUGAGGAGAAUCUAACGUUACACUGAAAAAUGGAAAAGUAUUUAGCACUGUGCCUUUUACUGUAUGCUAUCGCUGGCUGCUUUGCUGACGAUCUCACUUACUUGAACGAGUUCUACUCUAAAACGCCUCAGAGGUUGUCCAAAUACAGCUGGUUCGGGAAUGUUCGGCUCUAUCACUUCAGAGUACCGGAAGAUGCGGUGCUCGUGCGGUGGCUGCUCACGGUCUCACGGGGAUCCGGACUGAACUGUGGCAACCAAAACAUCACUGUGCACUUUAGACCUGGAGCGCCCCCGGUCAUCAACCCCAUACAAACUGCCUUUCCGAACUCCACAUCAGUCUCUCUUGCUCACAACGUGACGCUGACCGUUCCCAGUGGACAGAGCGUCAAUGUGACACUGUUCAAUGUGACCCACCCCAAACCUGGUGACUGGUUCCUUGCUGCUCACCUGCCUAAAGAUGACGGCAAGAUAGAGCAGCAGGGUCUGCCAUCUUGCUCAUACUUAUUCCAGGCACAGAUGUUUGCGAGAAGAGCUGCUGACCUGCCAAUCCUGCAAUACAACAUUCCUCUCCAUCAAACACUCACGACAGCUCCAGCUCUGUUUAAGGUCUUUGUUCCAGAGUUCUCCUCCAGGUUGGAUGUUUUCAUCUUGAACUGUUCUGUAAUGAUGGGAAAUGAUUGCGGGCUGUCAAUCACUAUAGGCUCCAGCACUUUGAGGCAGGGCUCGGAAGUGAAACAGAACUGUUCAGGGUUAGCGAACUGCUCCGCAUCGGUCCUCAUUCCCCCGUGGAACACCUGGUUGCUGGUUACGGUCGAGUCUAGUCAACCAAACACCACAAUAGCUUUCAACAUCUCUGCCAAUGUCACAGUGGGAUGUAAACCUUUGAGCGUCUCUUCAGAUUUCAACACCUCAGCCUUCAUACGUACCAUCAUUGCUCCCCAAAGCAACAGCUCAGGUGCCCUCAGUAACGCUUCCGUUUCCACGAGAGACCAGCCGGGCCUCCUUGCUAACAGCUCUGAGCCAAUCUGCAUGAGAAGCCCUUCAGUGUUCAGAGAAGAACAGGAUGUGCUAUCACUACGCUUCAUCGUUUCCAACAACAAUCUCAGCGUGACCUCUGACCUUCCAACUGUGCUCGCACUUGAGCACUCUCCUGGUGAUAGUGGCGGCACGUUUGUUGUACAGCUCCAGUUGAACACUAGUUCUGUGGUCGGUGGAUUUGCCCGUGUCAAAGCAUGUCUCACACCUUUUGCUCCUGUACUUCAUGUCAACCACAGCCAGACUUGCGCUACAGGGUUUGCACAGGGCUAUUCUCUGAGCGUGAGCAGCAAUGAAUCACAUGUGCUGUUGAGGAUCCCAUUCCCAGAUGCAGCAGUGUGGUACCUCAGCCUCCAGACAAUGUGCAAUGACAGUGUUGACUGCAGGAACACAUCAGCCAUAGUGAGUGUGUCUGUUAGUAUUAGUGCAUGCAUUGACGACUGUGGGCCGUAUGGAGAGUGCAGACUACUACGCACACACAGUUACCUCUACGGCGCAUGUGUGUGCAAAGCAGGUUGGCAGGGAUGGGGCUGUACGGAUGGCGUGACUGCGCAGUCGUACUCUCGACAGAUGGCAGCAGCUCUGCUCCUCACCCUUAGUAACCUUUUCUUCAUCCCGCCCAUCGUCGUAGCACUUCACAGAGGAUACCACGUCGAAGCCGCCAUCUACUUCUUUACCAUGUUUUUCUCCUCGUUUUAUCACGCGUGUGACCAGCCCGGUGUGACUGUGAUGUGUAUCAUGGACUAUGACACCCUCCAGUUCUGUGAUUUCUUGGGUUCCGUCGUGUCAGUAUGGGUGACCAUUGUGUGCAUGGCACGGCUUCAGGAGCCAAUAAAAUAUUUAUUGUUUAUGGCGGGCACUCUUGUCAUUUCCAUGGCGAUGCAGUUGGACCGCAGAGGCCUCUGGAACCUUCUAGGCCCUGUCCUCGUUGCUCUGGUCAUUAUGGUCACUUCCUGGGUUUAUCGAGGUGUGAAACGUCGUCAAUGUUACCCUCCAUUAUGGCGUCGCUGGGUGGUGUUCCUGCUCCCAGGCAUUGUGUCUGCACUGAUUGGAGUGUGUGUGUACGUCUUCGCACAGACCGACAGCAACUACUACUACACUCAUUCCAUAUGGCAUGUCAUGGUGGCCACAAGCGUGGUCUUCCUCUUACCACCCCGUGAAAAACACGUUCCCCCCUGGGGCUGGACAAACAAAAUCUGUAGCUACAGGAGAUGUAAAAAUAAGAAAGUAGAGCUUUACACUGACACCUAAAUACACUAGUAUUGAUAUUGGCACAAAACCUGACGGAUUUUCAUGUGCAUUUUUACAGUUUUACAAAUGUUAGCCGUUAGCUUUAUAAAAUAAGUCAAGCUUUACAUGAAAGAUUCUCUUCUAAAGUCACCAAAACCACUUAACUGCAAGUGUAGUGUUCGUUUAUAACUACGUAAGGGAUAGUUUACCAAAAAAUGUCAUUUUUUUUACUGUCAUUCUAAACCCAUAAACCAAAUCAAUGGAACACAACAGCAGAUUUUUGAGAGUCAUAGUGACCACAUCAAUCAAGUGAAGAUUAUCUGUGAAUAAUGACUUAUAUUGGUCAGUUUCUCACACAAAGUUAUUGUAUGACUCCAGAAGGCUUGGAAAUAUAGUACAAAAGUCAUAUAGACUACUUUUAUGGUGCUGUUUUGGCAUGUGAACUUCUCCUUUUGUGUUCCAUUGAAAAAAAAAAUACUGUGCACAUGUUUGAGUGACAUGAGGGUAAGUAAAUAAUACCAUGAUUUUAAUAUUUGAAUAGAAACAUAUUGCUUUUACACCUUCAAAAAUGAGUGAUUUCACAUAGAACAACAGCAAUGUCAAUAUUUUAAUUAUAUGACAAGUAAAUUAAUGAUAUAAUCGAAAGGCAACUUGAAUGUCCUUUGUCCCUGAAUAUUCUCCAUUAAGCACUUUUGUGAGGUUUAGUGUGUAUAUAUAUCAAAGAAUCAGUUUAUUGGAUUGAGUGAGCUGCUUAAACUGUAAUUUUGUUCUUUUUGAAAGAACAAAAUGUCAUAUUGUGUCUAUAUCUAUUUUGAGAAAACCGAUUUCUAGUUUUAUUCAGCACUUUCAUUUUCAUUUGAUUUAUGAGUAGCCCCACAUGGAAUCUGCACUCACAGAACUCCUUUUUUCUCUAUAUGAUGACAGAAGUUACAUUUUAGGUUGAAAAAUUCCAUUAAAUAACAAGUGUUACUUUAGUUAAAACCAAUUCACAGAAUUUUCACAGAUUUUCUUUCAAAACCAGCAUAGAAAAUUAGGGGGAAAAAACCUUGCAGAUUCUGUCUGGUCCUACUUAUGACGUUCCAGGUCACGCUGGGCAUUGUCAUUACUACAAAGGACUGUUGUCUGUGUCUCAGAGCUUGCGUACCUACACAGGAGAACAGGUACAGUACACAAUUAUUUAUACCACUGUCAGGAAUGUACAAGAAAAUACCUCCUUUCUUCUUCCCUAAAAGCCUUGAAAUUUUUUCCUGAGAUGAAGAACAUUUUACACGCGCUCAAAAUUGUGCUAGCUUGAGCCAGUCUGUAAAAUUGUGCUUGCUGUAUGCUAGUAUGAAUCGCUUCAGAUGUGUGUGUUUGUAAUGAGAAUCUGACAUACUGAUGACCUUACGUAUUUAAGAUAAACCCCUGUAUUGGGCAAGGCAUUCUAUAGAUAUGCAUAAUACUGUGUUUCUGACCCUCAGGCCAUUUUAAACUUGAAAAGGCUACUGUGGACGUUAUUUUUAGGUUUAAAUUUACAUUGCAGCUGUCCUUUAAAACUCAUGUUUUUCCAUUUAAUUGUAACAGCAAGGCAGUUCAUCUCUUGUUUUUCCAGAAGAGGUCAAGUGUUAAGUUGGGGUUGGAAUAUGAUGUUUUACAAUGUUUUAUAUACAUUUUAUAUUGGAAUUACAAAAGAUAUUGAAAAUAUGAGCCUAACUAAGAUGUAUGUUAAUUUCUAAAAUGAAUCAUUUAUAAAAUCUGUGAAUCAACAAAAUUUUUACUUCUUUCUUGUGGGAUUUAUUUUUGAUUUAAUAUUGAUUAUCAUGCCUUGUAUAUUGCACAAAUAUGCACUUAUAUUUGAGGGUAAGAAUGAAGCGGUGCAAUCAUGUUUAUGAACAUAAAA